GAGAGGAACAAAAGAAUGUUUUCCAGGGUGGAAGGCCUUUGGGUUGAUUUUCUUCUUGGCUUUUGUGGGUGUGACGCUAAAUAUGAACUUAUAUUUCGAGGGUUUGUACCUCGCCUCAUCAUCUGCUGCCAGCGCAUUGGGCAAUUUGAUCCCAGCCAUCACCUUUCUCAUGGCUUAUCUAUUGGGGUUGGAGAAAGUGAAUGUGAGAAGAUGGGGAAGCAUAGCUAAAAUAAGUGGAACAAUAAUUUGUGUGAGCGGUGCAGUUGUAAUGGCAGUGUUUAAAGGCCCAAAGUUGCUUAACGGGGAACUUAUACCAGCAAAUUCAUUUACACAUUACUUGUUUGGAAUUGGAUCAUCAAAUUCAAGUGGACAUGACACGUGGCUGUUAGGCUGUCUAUUUCUCUUUGGGAAUUCCUGUUGCUGGUCACUCUGGCUUAUUUUACAGGUGAAUGUUACUGCUUUAUAUCCCGACCAUCUCUCGUUAACGGCAUGGUUAUGCUUCAUAUCGGCUGCACAAUCUGGAAUCGUAACAAUGAUAGUUGAAUCGAGCGCAGUUUCAUGGUUAUCGGCCACCCGCUUUCAACUAAUUUGUUGCUUCUUUGCAGGCUUUACUUCAGCAGUCACAUUCUUCGCUCAAACGUGGUGUAUCGCGAAAAGAGGACCCGUCUUCUCAGCUAUGUUCAAUCCUCUUUGUACCAUUAUUGUUGCAAUACUCGCCUGCAUCUUCAUGCAUGAGGAGUUGUACACUGGAAGUGUGAUGGGAGGAUUGGGCGUGAUAAUUGGACUGUACAUUGUGCUAUGGGGUAAAGCAAGAGACCAGAUGGAAGUGAUGGAUAACCAUACAGAAAAGCGAAACGAUCAGACGACGUCGUCCGCUCAAAUUGAUUUGGAAGAGCCUCUCCUAUCAUGA